UUUAGUUAAAAAUAAUAAUAUCAAAUAAAUAAACGAAUAAAUAGAUAGAUAAUUUUUUUAUUUGGUUAAUAAUAAAGCACUACCUAGAAUAAACAAAUGAUUUUCCUAAAUUCUAAAAAACUUUCAUAAAUAGCAUCAUAAAUUUUAUAAAAUACCAUUAAGUAGUAGCUAGGAUGUUAUAAAAGUCAAGCAUAGUUUAGCGAUAAGUUUAACCCUUAUGAUUAAGAGCAAGCAUAAAAAAAGAUGUAAGAAAUCUUGAAAUAAUACUAAAAUCAAGAUGUAUAAAGAACUAUUGUCAAUGAAUAAUAAAUAAAAGAAAAGUUAAAAAAUAGAGAAACUAAAUUACCCAUUUAGAAUUUUCAAAUAGCUAAGGAUGGAUAAUUCUAUAAUCCUAAAUCAAAUGUUAAUCCUACAAUUGACGUUUUUAAUUUUUCUGAAGAAUUCUUGAAGAAGAAACAAUAAGUAUCAUAGGUUUAUGGUUUAGGUAAUGGCUAUUUCUCUGUUAAUUAAGUUUGGUAUCCAGGUAGUGUAAUGAUUUUUCCUUAAUAAAUUUUCUUAUGGGAUGUGCAAACAGCUUCAGAUAUUAGAGCUCACUCUUUAGAUUUCCUUGAAGUAGUUAAGCCAGCUCCAUCAUAUAUCAUUAUAGGUACAGGAAAAGAAAAAUUCUUCUUAGAAGAAUCUAUUUAUGAUAGAUUUACCAAGUAGAAAAUUAGAGUUGAUAUACUUCCUACUUUUGAAGCUUGCUCCACUUUUAAUGUUUGUGCUGAAGAUGGUAUGAAUGUAUGUGCAUUGCUUAUUCCUGCUAAUCUCUGA